GCCGCCAGAAACAGGUGUCGUGAAAACCACCGCUCAACCUAAGCCAGAAUGGGGAAGGAAAAGACUCAUAUCAACAUUGUUGUCAUCGGACACGUAGAUUCGGGCAAGUCUACCACUACUGGUCAUCUGAUCUACAAAUGUGGUGGGAUCGACAAAAGAACUAUCGAAAAAUUCGAGAAGGAGGCUGCUGAGAUGGGAAAAGGCUCCUUCAAGUAUGCCUGGGUCUUGGAUAAACUGAAAGCUGAACGUGAACGUGGUAUCACCAUUGAUAUCUCCCUGUGGAAAUUCGAGACCAGCAAGUAUUACGUGACCAUCAUCGAUGCUCCAGGACACAGAGACUUUAUAAAAAACAUGAUUACAGGCACAUCUCAGGCUGAUUGUGCUGUCCUGAUUGUUGCUGCUGGUGUUGGUGAAUUUGAAGCCGGUAUCUCCAAGAAUGGGCAGACCCGUGAGCAUGCCCUUCUGGCUUACACACUGGGUGUAAAACAACUAAUUGUUGGUGUUAACAAAAUGGAUUCCACUGAGCCACCCUACAGCCAGAAGAGAUACGAGGAAAUCGUUAAGGAAGUCUGCACCUACAUUAAGAAAAUUGGCUACAACCCCGACACAGUAGCAUUUGUGCCAAUUUCUGGUUGGAAUGGUGACAACAUGCUGGAGCCAAGUGCUAACAUGCCUUGGUUCAAGGGAUGGAAAGUCACCCGUAAAGAUGGGAAUGCCAGUGGAACCACACUGCUUGAAGCUCUGGAUUGCAUUCUGCCACCAACUCGUCCAACUGACAAGCCCUUGCGUCUGCCUCUCCAGGACGUCUACAAAAUUGGUGGUAUUGGCACUGUCCCUGUGGGCCGAGUGGAGACUGGUGUUCUUAAACCUGGCAUGGUGGUCACCUUUGCUCCAGUCAAUGUUACAACUGAAGUCAAGUCUGUUGAAAUGCACCAUGAAGCUUUGAGUGAGGCUCUUCCUGGGGACAAUGUGGGCUUCAAUGUCAAGAACGUAUCUGUCAAAGAUGUUCGUCGUGGCAAUGUGGCUGGUGACAGCAAAAAUGACCCACCAAUGGAAGCAGCUGGCUUCACAGCUCAGGUGAUUAUCCUGAACCAUCCAGGCCAAAUUAGUGCUGGAUAUGCACCUGUGCUGGAUUGUCACACAGCUCACAUUGCUUGCAAGUUUGCUGAGCUGAAGGAGAAGAUAGAUCGUCGUUCUGGAAAAAAGCUGGAAGAUGGUCCCAAGUUCUUGAAAUCUGGUGACGCUGCCAUUGUUGAUAUGGUUCCUGGCAAGCCUAUGUGUGUUGAGAGCUUCUCUGACUAUCCUCCUCUGGGCCGUUUUGCUGUUCGUGACAUGAGACAGACGGUUGCUGUGGGUGUCAUCAAAGCAGUAGACAAGAAGGCAGCUGGAGCUGGCAAGGUCACCAAGUCUGCCCAGAAAGCUCAGAAGGCUAAAUGAAUAUUAUCCCCAAUACCUGCCACCCCAGUCUUAAUCAGUGGUGGAAGAACGGUCUCAGAACUGUUUGUGUCAAUUGGCCAUUUAAGUUUAAUAGUAAAAGACUGGUUAAUGAUAACAAUGCAUCGUAAAACCUUCAGAAGGAAAGGAGAA